AUGGAAGAGGCGGUCACCUACACCGCCGCCGGUGAUACCUCUGCACCCCCUGAUCUUCGCCUGCUGCAUUUCAACGACGUCUACCACCUCGAUGCCUCCUCUGCCGAGCCUGUUGGGGGCAUUGCCCGCUUCCGGGCCGUGUGCAACUACUACCGCAAUGAUGAGCGCUUUUCGGGACAACCUGAGCUCGUCACCUUGUUUUCGGGAGAUGCUUUCAAUCCCAGCCUGGAAAGCAGUGUCACCAAAGGCAGUCAUAUGGUUCCCGUGCUUAACAUGAUAGGAACGGACGUUGCUUGCGUUGGAAAUCACGACCUCGACUUCGGAGUCAAACAGUUUCAAAGUCUUGCCUCACAAUGCAACUUUCCAUGGCUUCUCGCCAAUGUACUUGACCCACAACUUGGCGAAGACGUCCCUCUUGGAAAUGCGCAAAAGACUGUCAUCUUAACGGCCUCAAAUGGAAUCAAGAUUGGUGUCAUUGGCCUCGUGGAACGCGAAUGGUUGGACACCGUCAACGCCUUACCUCCAAACCUGAUAUACAAAUCAGCUUCCGCUACGGCCAAAGAGCUGGUGCCGGCCCUACGAGAACAAGGCGCGGAUAUUAUCGUUGCAUUGACUCACCAACGAGAACCAAAUGACAACAAACUCGCCGAGAAGACGCCAGACGGCUUGAUAGAUCUAGUUCUCGGAGGACAUGAUCACUACUACCAGCACACUUUGAUCAAUAGAACGCACGUCUUACGAUCGGGAAGCGACUUCAAGCAGCUAAGUUACAUCGAGGCUCGCCGGCGGCUGAGCAACCCUACGAAGUGGGAAUUUCACAUUGCCAAACGUGACAUCGUGUCUCAAACCCCUCAAGAUCAAAAGGCAAUUCAGCUCACAGAAGAGCUUACGGCGCGUCUCAGGUCGAAAUUGGACAGACCUCUCGGCUACACUGCUGCUCCACUAGAUGCAAGAUUCACUACUGUUCGGAUGAAGGAGUCCAACAUUGGCAACUUCGUUUGUGACCUGAUGCGGUCUCACUACUUUGGCGAUUGCGCUCUUAUUGCCGCUGGUACGAUAAGAGGGGAUCAAAUAUAUCCGCCAGGAGUUCUACGGAUUAGGGACCUAAUGAAUUGUUUUCCUUUUGAAGACCCUUGCAUCGUUAUCCGAAUCACUGGCGCCGCACUACUAGCAGCCCUUGAGAACUCCGUUUCCACUUACCCGGCGCUGGAAGGCCGCUUUCCCCAAGUCUCCAAUAUCACCUUCGAAUUCGAUCCCUCCCUGCCGCCAGACCAUCGAGUGAAGUGGGCCCGCGUUGGCGGCGACCCUCUAGACCUUGAAAAGAAAUACAAUCUUGUUACCAGGGGGUACAUGGGGAGAGGGAAAGACGGAUUUGAUUCGUUACUUGCGCAGUCGGAAGGCGGCGAGGCAGAAGAGAUUGUUUCUGAAGAGAAUGGUAUCUUGAUCUCCAUGCUUCUUCGACAGUAUUUCAUGAGUUUAAAAAUCCUCGGCAAAUGGAAACACUCGGGUAUGGGCUUAACUCGGCAUUGGAGUGGCAUUCAUGAUGACUUACAUUCGAGACAUCCUCUUGUCGAACCGAAUGCUGAGGCGGCCAAGGACAAUCCACUAGACGGAAAGAAAAGAAAGACCGGGGCGACGACGCCGCUGGAUGAUUCGGAAGAUGAGAGCGAUCACCGAGUUGAUGACCAUGAGGACUGGAGCGAGCGGGAACUGCAAAUCAUUCGGAGAGUGAUGCGAAAGUGGCGACGUCUUGCUGGUUUGCAAGGCGAGGCAAGGUGCUGUGACAGCAUGCAGGAAGGGGAGUUUCAGGUCGAUUGGACGAGGGUAAGUACGAAUAGGAGCUCUCGUUGUCAAAAGACUUGUGUAUGA